ACCGUGACGUUAACAGUGCAUCAUCAGAUCGUUCCAACAGAUGCGGACAACUCAUUGAUUUUAGUCUACAGAGGUAAACAGACUGACACCGGAAGUGCUACAGUAUUCUUCACGUUUCAGAUUUUGUAAUAUUUUUUUUAAACGCUGCUACAGCUCACGUUUUAAUCUGAGUAUUCGUUAUUAUUACCAGCUUUUGUAUAUUGGAAGAUCUCCUGAUUUCAGUCAGCGUGCAUGAAGAGGUGGGCGUUUGUCACUGACAUCAUGACCGACUGAAGAAAUGUCCAAUUGCUUUGCGGCAGGAAAAACUCUGGCCAAUCAGGGGCAGCCUGUCUGUUUUAAAGUAGCGAAUCAUAAUAUUAGGGGUCCUUACAGACUAAUGAACAAAAUGUUCCACAGAUUCAUGUAAAAAAAGAAAAAACGGGUUUCACGUAAAGUCACCUUAAUUUAUUAGUAUUAAUCAGUGUUAAGAUAUGAUGUGAGGUAUUAUUUUGCCUCGGAAAGGGACACAUUCAGUCAUUUGAAAAUAUAAUAAAGCAGGCAGCGUUAUGGGCUACUACAGUGGACACUGUUUACAUGCAGGCAGGAGUUAUAUCAUGGCCGUCUCUUAGUGGAAAUAUGUAACGCUUUAUUGUCUGUGCUCGAGCAUAAAGUCGAAAAAGAAUAGCGAUGAGAACGGCAGCAUUUCCACAGUUAAACCGGGUGGUAUCUUAUAAUGAUUUUACAGGUCGUAUGUUGAUUUAUGGCUGUUCUAGCCAAGCUAACUUAGCCAACUACCAAGCGGCAGUUUAAUAACAACUAUUACACUCAUCGCCUUGUACAAUGGUGGUGGAGGUAGAAAGCUUCUUCGGGGUCUACAUGCUUUACUGCACGAACCCUAAAUUCAAAGGUCGCAUCUACAUCGGCUUCACUGUGAACCCGGAGCGGCGGAUCGGACAGCACAACGCCGGGCGGCACAAAGGUGGAGCGAAGAGGACCAGUGGCAGGGGACCAUGGGAGAUGGUCCUCAUCAUACACGGCUUUCCCUCUGACAUCGCUGCCCUGAGGUUUGAGUGGGCGUGGCAACACCCCCACUCCUCCAGGCGACUCUCCCAUGUCUCCCGGAGCUCCAGAAAGGAGUCGAGUCUGCAGUUCCACUGGCGCGUCCUCUCCAACAUGCUGCGGGUGCCGCCGUGGAACAGGCUGCCGCUGACGGCCCGCUGGCUCAAGCAGGAGUACAGGAUGGACUUUGAGCCCAGUCUGCAGCCGCCCCUCCAUAUCCCAAUCGCUUUCGGCAGCGUGAGAGCCAAGAAGUCCCAGCAGCAGCAGCAGCCUGUGGCAGAGGAGGAAGUCGUGUCCAGGUGUUUUCUCUGUAAAAGCUCAGUCAAGGUAUCAGAAAAGCUAAGCUGUUUCCACCCGUCCUGUGAAAUGAGCAGUCAUGGGAUCUGCCUCGCCAAACAUUUCCUGAAGCGUGAACCGUCGCACCUCCUGCCCGUGGAGGGAGACUGUCCAGCGUGUCGUCGCUCGGUGCUGUGGGGGGGCCUCAUUCGUCAUAAACACGGCUGCCUCAGAGACCUGGAGGAGAUCAUAGCAUCUGCAUCCCAAAGCCACUGGGCAGAUGAACUCCAGCUAUGAGACUGAGCCCUGAAUGAAGUGCGGUAUCAGAUAAUGACGUGGAGUAUGUUAAAUGGAAUAUAAUGAAUAAUAAUGGAUAUCGAGAGGACAGACUGGAUCCUUUUUUACGUCAAUCAACCUGAUCAGGAAGUGUUUUAACUAUGUCUAUGAGUUUAAUGUAUUAAAUAUGUAUAAAGUAUGAAUAAAAAACCUUGUGUGUGUGAAAUUAAAUAAAACUGUUUUAUAUACGUACGAAGUGUUAGGUGUACACUACUCAUCUGGAACAGUCAGACUGAAUGUGAUGGAUUCACUGUGUUAUUAGAAAAUACACAUCAGCAAGUUAUGUAAUUACUGAACAUUUAUUAGGUUAAAAACACCAAACCUCCGAGAUAGUAGAAAAUGGAAAGGCUGCUGGCAAUCAGGCAAAAAACUCUUUGGGACACGACUCUCCUCUGAUGGUGAUUUAGUGAUUAAGCUUUACUUUAUUUAACUGUGAAUGAGCUUACUCCUGUACGGAUGUGAGUACCUGUCACAAUUCUGAUUUGUUCCAGUAAGUGAAAAACAAAACUGCGCAAUCGGCCAUUUUCUUUUCAAAUCUUAUCUCAUUGAUGCUUUUGGAUCAAUUUGUAAAUUUGUUUUCACAAGAGUAGUGUGCUGUAAAUAAUAAACAGUAGUAUACCGGAUAAAAUACCAGCUGCGCUUCAAGGUACACAGGGACAGUCUUCUCAAAUGCUGAAACCAAAUCAGUUUUUUCCCAAAGAAAAGCAGCAACUGCAAACAACUACAGGUUAACUUUUUUAUUGUUCACAGUGGUUAAUUGAAGUGACAAAGGGAAGUGUGAAGCGUUAAUAGGUAGUGAUCGUUAUGAAGUUACCAACAAUCUGAGCACAAGUAUUUUUUAAGCAAAGCGUAAUGUGAAUGAUAAACAUUAAAAUGAAAUGUAA